AUGGCGGCGAGCAAGCAUUCCGUGUUGCAGUUCUUUUCUACGCAGAGCUUAUCCGGGAAGGUUCAUCCUCUCUUCAUCUUCAACAUCUGUGAUUGCUAUGUCCGUCGUCCUGACCAAGCGGAGCGCGUCAUCGGAAUGCUACUCGACUCCGUUCUCCCCAACGGAACCGUCGAUAUCCGAAAUUCAUACGCUGUUCCUCAUAACGAGUCCGUUGACCAGGUUGCUUUAGAUAUUGAGUACCACCAUAACAUGUUGUUAUCCCAUCAAAAAGUGAAUCCCAAGGAAGUUAUAGUUGGAUGGUAUUCAACUGGUCUUGGAGUAACUGGGGGCAGUGCAUUAAUCCAUGAGUUUUAUUCUCGAGAAGUUUCCAACCCUAUACAUUUGACCGUUGAUACAGGAUUUGCAGAUGGAGAGGGCUCCAUAAAAGCAUAUGUUUCAAACAAUUUAUCUCUUGGAGACCAGAAAAUUGCUGCACAGUUUCAAGAAAUCCCUUUGGAUCUUCGUAUGGUUGAAGCUGAGCGCAUUGGAUUUGAUAAUCUGAAGGCAACUGCUGUUAACAAAAUCUCCGUUCGUACCCUUUCUUUCUCUUUUACUCCAUUGUUCUAUUUUGAUUUUAAUAUGCUUGAAUGA